UCCGUCCGAUUGCUUUGGAAAAGUGGUGCUUUGAAAACAAUCCACUUACGACGCCCCAAGACGUAAUGUAGUCGACUGAAAGGUGUCAGAUAUUUUGGGACAAGAAUCCGUUCAAUCUCGCUUCUGCUUCGAGUCGUUUGGGUGCACGUUGAAACUUCGAGGCCUGCUAAGGUUAGCCUAGCCUAGUUUAGCAGCUAACAAAGAGAAACAACGCACCUGGGAUAAACACGUCGCCAAGCAAGCAAACGUCAAGUCCCAAAAUGUCAGAUGUCAGUCAAGCGAUUCGUCCUGAACGCCAGGAUUCUCCUCGCAUGGAGGAAGAGUCGCCGUACAUCAAAACGGUGGAGGAAGAAUUCGGCCACAUUAAAGAGGAGCAGGAGGAGUACUUCAUUAGACUGCAGAACCCCCACAUUGAGGAGCAGCAGCAACCUGAUCCCCUCAAAAAGGAGGAGGAGGACCCUCCAUAUGUUAAAAUGGAGGUGGUGGACAUCCCCAAGUGGACUGAUGAGCCCUUGAAGGGUGAAGAUGGAGGUCCAAGUGAAGCCAGCAGAGGGGCGGAGCUUCUGAGUGGCAGCAGUUCAAAAGGAUUCCAAGCAGACAACCUCAUCGCUCGACCAUCAGAGAGUGACGACUUCACAUCACACUCCCUGUUCUAUCUAUAUGUCAGCCAAGCCCAUCGUCUUGAGCACCAGGAGUCUGCAUGCAUCAAGGGGGAGGAGGAAGAAUCGCCAUACAUCAAGGAGGAAGAGUCCGUUCACAUUAAAAGUCAUUCCAAGCAUUUUUUUUUUCUUUGGAUGAGGCAGAAAUCAAAUAUGCUACAGCAGAAAUCCACCCUGAACCUGGUGGAGGAGGUGAAGGCUCUCCGAAUCCAGAAUGCCGAGAAAGACCGGCCUCUGGCGCAGUUGGAGAGUCGAAUGCCAGAAUUGGAGCAGCACACAAGGAUCAACGAUAUGAUUGUAACCUCCGGAUCAAGCCGUGGUCAUACGCCCAGGCUGUGA